CGGCGGCGGCGGCGGCUGUGUCAGGAGCACUCGCCUCGGGAGGGAGAGAGGGACGCCCAGCAGCACCAGCAUCGCCAGCAACAGCAGCAGCCGAGGACGCCCGCAGAUCAGCUCCACAGCCCCAGCCCUGCUCUCCAGCCCUCUCCCAGGACUUUGCCUCUCCCUGGAGGACUUGUUGGCUUGGCACCCAGGAGCAUCUCAAGGGUGGGAGGAGGAGGAGGAGGAGGAAUAGUGGAGGAAGAAGAAGAGGAAAAGGUUGGAAGAAGUGCCCAAACUUAAGCCCUCCGCUUGCACAGAAGCCUUGCAGCAGCCGGAGGAGGACGACGAGUAGAGGAAGGAAGGAAGGAAAGAAGGAAGAAAAGAAAGAAGGACUAAAAGAAGGAAGGAAGGAAGGAAGGAAAGAAAGAAGGACAUUUCUCUCCCACCACCGCCUCAGCCUCCUCCUCCUCUUCUCCUUCUUCUCCGGAGGGGCUCUUCUUGGCUGCUUUCCACAAAUCAAGAUUGAAGAGCGAGCCUUUGGGCUUCUCUUCCUCUCUCCUUUCCUCUUCCCGGCCAUCUCUCCAAAAGAGGGGCCCCCCAACGCCUCCGCCACGUUAUCCACGGCCUCUUGCACCAUAGAGGGGAAACAGACCAUGGUGAACCCGGGCAGCAGCUCGCAGCCUCCCCCGGUCACCAGUGGCUCCCUCUCAUGGAAAAGAUGUGCAGGCUGCGGGGGAAAGAUUGCUGAUCGCUUCUUGCUCUAUGCCAUGGAUAGCUAUUGGCACAGUCGGUGCCUGAAGUGUUCCUGCUGCCAAGCCCAACUGGGAGAAAUUGGCACGUCCUGCUACACAAAGAGCGGCAUGAUCCUGUGCAGAAACGAUUACAUCAGGUUAUUUGGAAAUAGUGGCGCUUGCAGUGCUUGUGGGCAGUCAAUUCCUGCUAGUGAGCUGGUUAUGAGAGCACAAGGGAAUGUCUAUCAUCUUAAGUGUUUUACGUGCUCUACCUGCCGGAAUCGCCUGGUCCCUGGAGACAGGUUUCACUAUAUCAAUGGCAGUUUAUUCUGCGAACAUGAUAGACCUACAGCUCUCAUCAAUGGCCAUUUGAAUUCACUUCAGAGCAAUCCACUACUGCCAGACCAGAAGGUCUGCUAAAAGGUCAGAGUACUGCAGAAUGCGUGCCUUCAUCUCAAACUUUGUUCAUCACAGAUGGAUCCCAUGUCUCCAGUAGACAAGUCACCUUGUAGCUAGCAUCAGUGCCAGCUCCAUGCCAUUGCACCUUCUUUACUCUUGGUUGCCCUUCCCACAUUUAUUGGUGUAUUACAAUGACUGAAAAUGAACAUUAAGGACUCCAUGAAUCUGGGCUGAUGGGAGACUGUAGAGAAAAUGAAAAAAAAAAUCCACUGGAGAACAACUUUGGGUGGGAGGGGUGGGGAAAAUGACUAAUGAAGCUAAUUAAAAUGAGCUUUCAAGUCUGCUUUCUACCCUCAUUAACAAUUAGCAGGGCACUGGCCAGGAUUUGUACCCUGUGUUUUACCUUAACAACAUUCUCUUUGCUCUUUGUAUAUUUAAGUGUUGUAAGGAAAUGUGUUUCAAAACUCAGCUAAUGAGCUAAAGGAAGGAUGGGGCUCUUGUGAUAUUCUAUCACAAACACUUUUGUUGUAUCUCUGUAAAAUACAAUGUAUGUAUGCAUGUAAGUGUGUUUUGUCCUAAUGUUGCUACUUCCCAUGACACAAAAAAGAAAAUGGAAAAAAAAAUCAAGCUCAUAGCAGCUACUGUGUAGAAAUUUUCACCUACUCCUAAUUUGCUGAAUGAAGAAGAAGAAAAAAAACUUUUAUUUGUGAUACUUUCAGAGACAUUUGCUCUAGUAUGGUGUAUUUAAAUAAUAAAAACUUAAAAUGAAAACAUC